CCCCCCCCCCCCGCCCUGUGGCACCUGGUUGAGAGUCAGCGCCCCUCGGUGAAGGGCCCACGCGGCUGCCUGACUUCCGCCCUCACGUGGGUGUGCCUGUGCCCUGCCCGAGUGGGGGAGCAGAGGGGAGCUCUCUGUUUCGGGGCCCCUAAAGCAGCUCGGGUCAAGCUGUGGGAGGCCUAAAGCAGGUGGCAACACGAAGCGCGGCCUCUUGUGGGCUGGGAUGGAGAGUAGGGAGUACAGGUACUUCCUCGCUUAACAUUGUCCCGGUUCACGUUUGGUUAUUACGUCGCUGAGCUGUUGGAGAACAUACCCAUUUAAAGUCGUGCAGUGUUCGGUUAUAGCGUUUGGCUGCCACCUGCUAAUAGGUUUUAAGUGGCUGUUUUAGACAUGCUGCCCUUCCUGGAGUUUGUGUUCAAGAGCCUUAAGUCCUUUUUGGUGUCACUUCUUCCCAGGAUAGCACCUCAUGCUCAGGUUUGGGAACAUGGCCAGUAAGAAACUGAGAAGAGCAGGAUUGGCACAGGAGCUUUGUGAAAGGCUGAGUCGGCAUCAGAUCAAUACCUGUCAUGACUUUCUGUGUGUGUCAUUCUUGGAGCUAAUGAACGUAACUGGACAGAGCUAUCAAAAUGUGCAGAAACUUCUUUGCAAAGUCAGUCGAGCCUGUGCCCCCAAAAUGCAGACUGCUUAUGAUCUGAAAAUGAAAAGGGCUGUUAAUCCCUUCUCAGCCUUCUUGUCCACCACCCUGGAUAGUUUGGAUAAAGCCUUGCAUGGUGGAGUGGCCUGCGGAUCUCUCACUGAGGUGACUGGCCCACCAGGUUGUGGCAAAACUCAGUUCUGUAUUAUGAUGAGCGUGCUGGCUACUUUGCCUACCAGCCUGGGAGGACUAGAUGGGGCUGUCAUAUACAUUGACACAGAGUCUGCAUUUAGUGCUGAAAGGUUGGUUCAGAUAGCAGAACAUCGGCUCCCUAAUUAUUUUGUCACAGAAGAAAAAUUGGUUUCAAUGACCCGUAGCAUCCAUCUAUAUCGGGAGCUCACCUGUGAGAGUGUACUGAAAAGGAUUGAGUCUUUGGAAGAAGAAAUUAUUUCGAAGAAAGUUAAACUUGUAAUAAUUGAUUCUGUUGCCUCAGUAGUCAGAAAGGAGUUCGAUACCAAACUUCAAGGCAACCUGACAGAGAGAAGCAACUUUUUAGCUCGAGAAGCAUCAUUGUUAAAGUACUUGGCCGAGGAAUUUUCAAUACCAGUUAUCUUGACUAAUCAGAUUACCACACGGUUGAGCAAUGGCCUUGCUAUCCAAGCAGACCUGGUGUCUCCAGCUGAUGACUUGUCCCUGUCUGAAGUUUCAGGAGCACCUGGGAGCAGGAAGAUGGAAUCUGGGUGUAUGAUAGCAGCACUGGGGAACACAUGGAGUCACAGUGUCAACACUAGGCUCAUACUGCAGUAUCAUGACUUGCAGACAAGGCAGAUCCUGGUCGCUAAAUCCCCUGUUGCUCCAUUCUCAGCUUUCCUCUACACCAUUGAGAAAUCUGGUUUGGUUCUUCAAGGUUGGAAAUGGCUGAAAUGGGUGAGCAGAAGCAGUGCGGCUGAGGCCCUCAACCUACAGCAAGGCUAAGAAGGGAUGAUAGGAACGAAUACAGGACUGUUUGCUUUCCCUUCCUCUUGCAUUACUGUGGGAUUCUUCUAGACAUUUAAUUAAAGCUAUUGUCUGAAUGCUCGACCUACAGAUAGCUGUGUUUCCUUGAAACCACAACACAGCAUCACCAAAGAAAAUACAAGGGUGUCACAGAAGGAGCCAGGAAAAUACCAAUG